CCCGAUCGGACGGUGCAGUCUCAGAAAUUCGAGUGACACCACGGGGCAAUCGAGCCAAGACAGAUGACCUCUCUUCCUCAGGGCGCCAUGGAGAAGGCGGCGGCGGCGGCGGCUGAGGAGGAGCCGGAGGAAGCGUGGGCGUGGACCUGGGGCGCGGGCACGGACGGGCAGCUGGGAAACGGCGGCUUCCAGGACCACCAUCUCCCGCAGGCGCUCCUCCUCCCGCCUCGCUGCCGAGGCCGCGUUUCCUUCGUCGCCGGCGGCGGCGCCCACGCCAUCGCCCUCACAAGUGAUGGUGAAGUAUUUACUUGGGGCAGAGGUACCCAUGGUCAGCUUGGCCAUGGGAACAUAGAGAACAUCCCUCAUCCAAAGUCCGUUAAGUUCUUUGAAAACUAUACAGUAACCUGUGUGUCUACUGGAUGGAACCAUUCUGGAUUUGCUACAGAUUCUGGACAACUCUUCAUGUGCGGAGAUGGCUCAUUUGGACAGCUUGGCACUGGUGAUAAUCAGUCAAGGAACUUGCCAUUUGAAGCGACAUCCUUUACCACAAAGCAUGUUGAGAAGCUUGCAUUUGGGAUGCGCCAUUCUCUUGUCCUAUUGAAAGAUAAUUCCGUUUAUGGAUUUGGCUCAGCAAGACGGGGACAAGUUGGCAAAUUUGCUUCCAAAAAUCAAAAGUUUUAUAAUACUCCUAGAUUAAUUGAUGGUUUUCCAAACUGUAAAAUAAUGAAUUUAUAUGCCAAUGGAGAUCACAGUGCUGCAUUGGAUGAAUCUGGCCAAUUGCACAUCUGGGGAAGAGCAUUAGUUGGUGAACAUGAUGAUGACCAACCUCGGGCAGCCUUUCCCUCUUUGAGUAUUUCUCAAGUGGCAUUAGGAUGGCAUCAUGCAUUAGUCUUAUCUGGAGGUGAAUUGUACGCCAUUGGUGCUUACCGCCAUCAGAAGUGUGACCCUACCGUGUCAGAAAAUGCAGUAGCGCAGCAACUGAAUCUUACCACAGCAAGCAGUAUACAUCAUGAACCAUCUUCAGCGUCAAAUUUAGCGAAGGUGCCCUCUAUUCAUGGACAGCAGGUGACCCAGAUAGCAGCCGGCACUGAACAUUCAGCUUUGGUGACAGAGAGCGGAGCGUUGUUCACCUGGGGCUGGGGAGAGCAUGGCCAACUGGGAUUGGGCGAUACUUGUGAUCAGGUGGUUCCUCAGAGAGUAAAUCUAGGUGACGAGGGCUCACGUUCUUAUGCUUCGCUCGGCGUGUACUGUGGGAGUGGGUUUACCGUCGCCGUGGGCCAGGCUUAGUGGCAGAUCAGUUAGUUACUGCCGUACCACCGUAUUUUCGUUAUGUCUCCACACAGUAUGUGAGAAAGGUGAGCACUAGUAGUAGAUGCUUCGUUGUAAUGCUGUUGGAGAGUGAAGGAGGAACACAAGAGGAUUUGCUCCCUGUGUGCAUGAAAUGAACCACUUGUUGUUGCCUAUAAAUGUAUUCCGGCUUGGGGCAGCAAUAUUGUUGCAUCCUGCGAUUUGGACCUAUCAACUGGAGUAUUUGUGAAACUGGAAGAUUGAAUAAUACCGAGGCCGUACUGUUCGGGGCCAUUCAUAA